CAAAAUGAAAUUUUUGCUGUGUUUCGGUUUAACUUGUAUUUUAGCGGUUUUGCACGUGGCAGCCGCCAAAACCACCCUACCGGACGCAAUUUCCGAUCGAACCAAAGAUGGUCAAACAGUUGUUGAAACCAUUAAAGCCAAUGCGCAGGCCCUUAAGAACUACAUCGGUCAACCCAAGCUUGAUGUUUUCUUGAAAACUGAUCAGGACAUCCGUAACUUCCUGUCGGUGAUAGCGAAGACACCGCUACCAGCAAGCGAUGUGGCGGUCCUCAUUCCGAAAAUUGAGAAAAACUCCGCUGAUACUAGAUGGUUGAAAGAAAUGUUCAAGAGUACAUUUGUCAAGAAGUGUAACAUACCGGCAGCCGCCGGAAUGAGUGAUUUCUUCAGGCGGGUCCGAUAUUUUGCCGACGGGGUGGCUAAAAUUGUCGAAACGUCCAAUUCUGCCGAACUGACUGUCGCAUUCCGAUCCAUUUUGGAUGAUAUACAAGCUUACAAGCGACUGUACACAGGAACAGUCCCAAUCUAAAACAUGUGGCAUCUAUUUUUUCCCUGGUGUAAUUAAAAAACGAUGUAAUUUCUAACUAUUUUUCAUCGAUUUAUAAUAAAAAGUGUAAAAUUAAAUUCAUUGCAAUAAAUUUACACUGCAUUAUAUA